ACAACUUCACAGCAAGUGUCUGCUUCGCGAAAUGAAAUUUAGUUGUACACACAUAACGUCUAACCUUCGUAGUGUAACAGUAAUUCAGCGUUUAUACAGCAGAGGAUAUUUCAGUGGGCUACUUAAUGGUUCAACAGUGUCCAAAAGGACUGGAAGUUGGUGUGGAUUCUUUCUCACUGGUUAUAUUCAUUCGUUCUUCACGUCCUUUUACGCAGGAGAGAGGAAUUUAUUUGGACCAUACGGAUUCACCCUGACGGAGCGGAUACUAAACUAACAACAUCAACAUAACAAUGACAAACAGGUGUCUAUAAAGGAGUGUGGGGAUAAUGCAUGAUGCCUAAAUGACCUUUUAACAUUUUUGACUUUUUAAAAAAAAGUCUUAGAGCUGAGUGCUUAUUGGUGGUUAGUGGUUGUGAUGUACUCUGUAAGGGACAGUUCUUCAUUCAGUGUUAAUUAUCUGCCAUAAAACAUCAUAGCCACAACAUCUGCCCAGAUGUAUGAACAGGAACUCUGUCAGUAUCUUCUCUAUUUCUCUCCAAAUGCACCAUGGAAAUUGUAGGUGCAUGUCCAACAUUUGGUGCUCCAUCAGGAGAGCCUAGGUCUAAGACCAUUAAAGAUAGAGACACAUGGACAUCCAUGGAGCAGCACGCUGGACCAGUUGAGGAGAAAUGGCUGCUGGUGGAUGUUAUUCUCAUUGGAGGAGCUCCAUGGGGAUUUACUUUGAGAGGCGGUCUGGAAUACCAAGAACCACUGAUUAUUACAAAGGUGGAGGAGGGAAGUCGAGCGGCAUCAGCCCAGUUGCAGGUCGGUGAUGAAAUUGUCAGUAUUAAUGCAAUUCCUCUGAGCGGCUACAGACAGGAGGCUAUCUGCCUAGUGAAGAGCUCCUUCAAAACUCUGGCAUUGGGGCUGAAACGGAAGAAUGAACCUUUAUGCAGACCUCACUCUUGGCAUUCUUCCAAAGUCUCUGAGAAUUCCACAGAAGCUCAUGAGACUGAAGAUACUACUGUGCUUGAACCCGUGUGGCAGACAAAGUGUGAUGCAAGUUCAUCCUCAAAUGACUUCUGGAGCCAGACAAAUCUGCAGCAAGUGUCAUGCCAGUUCAGCUCAGUGGGCAACAUGGAACUUCUAGAGCACUCCUCCAACACACAUCACAUUGGAGCAGAUAAUUUAGCAACCGCAAGGGCUGGCGAGAAACAUAACUCUGGAUAUAGAGCAUUUUCUUCUUGCACACCUGAACAGCGUUUGUCAGAAAGUGCUGCUGCAUCAGAGUGCAUGUUUUAUCAGGGCAGCCAAAGGGAACACCGCAAGUACCUACAGAUUCCUGUGAGCAAUGAAAGUUGUAUAAGCCCGAAGAUCGAGGACCAGGCUGGCUCCAGAUUCUUCUCCUCUGGGAGGUUGAAUAUUAACCCUGUGUGGCAUGUUCCAGAGAUGUCUUCAGCGGCUUACUCACCACCUCCACCAGCUUCACCUUUACGCAAUGACAGUUUCACGACAACUAAAGUGCAUGAAAAGGGAUUAGGCAUCCCGUACUCGCAUGGACACCCUGCACAUUCCCAACAGAAAUCCCAUAUUCGAGUUACAGACAGGCCGGCUGAUGCUUAUCAUUUUAGUCAACAAGGACUCCAAUCACAACACAGCUACAACCCGACAUCUCAGAAAGAUCUUCUUCAAGUACACCUAUCAGCUGAGGACUACUGCCCAAAUGAGUUGAAUACCACAAAGCUUUAUUCCUUAUCUAGUACUGAUGUAAGACAAGGCCAGAACCCUUUUGCUUCUCAGCCUCAACAUCAACGGCAGCGUAGUGAUGAGAGUCCUUUCUACCUUUAUCCCAAGAACAGGUUUGCACCCAGGAUGCAGACUGAGGGCAUCUACUACCACAGCCUGCAGAAUCUUCCCACUAAUGUGGGUUUCCAGAAGCAAACUGGAAGUGGAACAGGGUCUCUGUCUAGCACAGCUCUUGACAACAACUCUGAUAGAAUGGCUAAUUAUCGCUACUAUUGCAUUACUUCUGAUGAGCCCACACAGGAGAUCUCCGAUAGAGGUGGAGAGUAUAAAUGGAGGCCACAAUCAGAGCCAACUCAUGCUGGCUGUGACAGGAACCCAGCAAAUUAUCAAAGAACCAUAAAAUUAAAGUAUCCUCUAACUUCCCUGCAGGCAUCUGAGAACAAAAGCUAUAAACACACAGUCAGUCCUCCAAAAUUAGAAGCUUCAGGUCCAGCAACACUGAAGUCUAACUCUGGGAAAAAAGAGAAGGAAAAUCCAUGGAGGAAGGAUGGAACAAUUUCUGAGAACCAACACAGCAACAACAUAAUGAACCAACAGGCAGAGCAGAGAUCUUUUACCAGAGAACACAAAGAUACCCAAAAUGGCCAUUGGAUCUCCAAGAAUGGAAAAAACAUCUGCCCUCAGAAGACCCCAUUGUUACAUUCUUUAGCUCAGGAGAACAGGAUUUUGGCUGAGAGUCCACCAAUCACAACAAAAGGAUGCAUACUGCAAGAAAAACCUGAUCCAGCAAGCAGCAAGCAAGCAAGACGAAGUGACCGUUAUGCCACUAUUUUGCUCAAUGAGAUCCAAGAAAAGAGAGCUCAGCUGCAAAAGAGCCGGAGUGCAGCUACCUUAAAUUGUCCAGGAGAAUUUGAGGAGGACCUCGGGGUCUGGAAAUCCACAGAGACAUCAACAUCCUCAUCAGAUGGAUCUUUCACAAGCACUUACAAGGACCACCUGAAAGAGGCACAAGCCAGGGUUCUACAGGCCACAUCAUUUAAAAGGAGAGAUCUGGAGCUUCCUGGGAAUGAAACAUUUCAUGGUCAGAAAUCAGAGUCUACCAAUGGCCAUGUCUCCCGCAUUGGAAGUAGAAAACGUUUUCCCCUGGACAAAAGAGUUCAUUCUUUCUCAGAGCCUGACAAGAUUAAUGAAGUAGGUGUAGAAGAAAAAACCUCAGAACAAGCAACUCUUGGCUCCUUUGUAGAUAGAUUUAAGUUCUUUGAAGGAGCUUCUAGACCAACAUUUUCCAAACCCAUCCCAAAGAAUUCCCAACUCAACCCCAGUGAAAGCGUCACUGGAGGAAAAAACAGGUUUACAUUGCAUGUGGAUGAAACUGAGAUAAAGUCUGCAAAGAAACAGCAGUUCAGUUCGAACAAAUAUUACACCACAGCUGAGGAGCAGCAGCGACUGGGUACUUUUGCAGAGUAUGAGGCAACAUGGAACUUGCAGAGGAAGACAAUAGGAGGAAGAACAUCCAGCAGAUGUCACUCUGCAGAGAACAUUUUGGAUUCAGGGAUAGAAAAAGGCAACAGCACAGUCUGCAUCCAUGAAAGGUCUAGGUCCUCUCCUUCGGCAGACUUUCAUGGGGAAAAAAUCAGUCUGUCAGCAGAGAAGCCUUUGGCAGCAACUAAUCCAGAAAACACACUCGACCCGGAGAAAAUUCAUAGCCACAGUACAUCUGAAAAACGUCAGAACCAACUCAACAUUUCCGAACCUCUGGAGUUCAUCAGAAGGAAUGAUCUGGAACACAAAGACUCGACACAGCCUCUCCAUUCCACCCACACCACAAAAGGAUCUUGCCCAGCAUCUUCCCACCCUCAUGAUCUCCGUUUUCAAGACUCAGUAGCUGAGCUUUCAUCCAGCAAUAAAGGCAGUGCAACACAAAAGCCUAGUGGCCACAAUGAGAACGAAUUCACGCAGCCAGAAACCAUAUCCUCGUCCUCUCUGAGUGACUCCCUGCAUAAUGGCGACCCACCAUCUACUCCUUCACCAACACCCAAAUUCCCGUUCCCUCAUUGCGGUGCUGAAGUGACCACACCCUCAAAAUAUGGGUAUUCACACGGGUCUUCAGUUUUACCCCAGAAGCUUACCGAUGAACUUCUUGCCAGCAUGCAGCUUUCAGAUAUUCCCAGUAACCUGAUGGACAGCACAACAGAGCCCGUGUCUGCUGGGAAAAACAUCCCUAUGAGGACUGUCCAUGCAGAAGGCAGCUCUGAUCCAGAAACUAAGAAUUAUCUGGUUCCCAGUGAGUCACCUGGUGGUACCGAUAAAGGGUUUACAAACCAGCUGAACCUAUCAUGCUCUCCAGAGCAGCCUUCUUCCCUUUUCCAGGCCAUGCAGUUCAUUUCUUCCGACGUCCAGAAGCCGGACAGUACCGAGACAGCGACGCUGAGUGCAGCUCCCAUUGGCCUCUCUGAGGAGGAUGAGAAAAGAGAAGAGUUAGCUAGAGAUAUCAUGGGAAUGGAUAAGAGUCUGGUAGACAUUUUGGAUCAGAGUAAGAUGAAGACCACUAUGGACCUGAUGGAAGGGAUCUACCCUCAGGGAGAACAGCUUCUAGAGGGUCUACAGCAGAGGAGAAAAUCAACUUCAAAGCAAUCUCCUAAAAGCACACAGGAGAAAGGCGACAACAAAAUGGCCGCUUCUGCCUCCCUAGCGACGAGUUCUUCAUACUACAACACAUCAGCUCCUAAGGCCGAGCUCCUGAUUAAGAUGAAGGACAUGCAAGAACAGAUGAAGGAACAGGGCUCUGAAGAUGAACUUGAAUAUGAUCUGUCCAGUAAAAAGCAGGAACUGAUUGACAGUCUGAGCAGGAAGCUGCAGGUACUACGUGAGGCCAGAGAGAGUCUUCUGGAGGACAUGCAGGACAACAACAGUCUGGGUGAAGAAGUGGAGGCCACAGUGCAGGCCAUUUGCAGGCCUAAUGAGCUGGACAAGUUCCGCAUGUUUGUCGGAGACCUGGACAAAGUGGUCAGCCUGCUGCUCUCACUGUCAGGGAGACUGGCACGUGUGGAAAAUGCACUCAAUAACCUGGAGGAGGGUGUUUCAGCCGAGGAGAAGCACACAUUAACGGAAAAACGGAAGCUGCUGAUCCGCCAGCAUGAAGAUGCCAAGGAGUUGAAGGAGAACCUGGACCGAAGGGAGGGUCUGGUCUACGAAAUCCUGGCCAGCUACCUGAGCGAGGAGUGCCUCGCUGACUACCAGCACUUUGUGAAGAUGAAGUCGGCUCUCAUCAUUGAGCAGAGGAAGCUUGAGGACCGGAUAAAAUUGGGAGAGGAGCAGCUCAAGUGUCUGAAGGACAGCCUGCCUCUGGAGCAGAGACUGGGCUACUGAACUUAAUUUAACUUAAUUUAUUUUGAAAGGUGACAGAUUGGCAUCUUUAACGCUUCUUGACCAUUCUAUAAUUACGCAAGUGAUCUAGUAAUCUGUGAGGAAUUUACUCAUGUGAAUGAAAUCAGAUUAAGCUGAGUUGUUAGUUGGCAUAUAUGUAUAUAUAUAUAUAUAUAUA